AUGACGAAACUGGAGAAACAUCAACCGGAGACUCUUGAAAUAUUAAUCAAGCGCGUCUUUGUCGCCAUAGCGCUUGUCGUCUGCUAUUCAACUGAAACGGAAGCUUCUUUAGAUGAGUGUGGAGGGAAUGUACACGGUAUUAUCACAAAAGACGGUCAUUUUGAGGGCCGAAUAAUUACAAACGAAGACAUUUACCACAUUGAAAGGACAAGUCAUUACAAGAACAUAUCCGAUCCUACACCGUAUCACACGGUGGUGUACAGGCAAUCUGACGUCAUGUUCAAUAUCACCAAUGCGAAAUGCUCACAUGCGCGAAAGAUGAAGACAAGCUCAAUUGCUGGAAAAACGCAAUUCAGUGAUUCAGAUUCAAAACAGACGCACGCCGAUUUCGGUUCUGAAAAAUGGAUGACAAGAAAUUAUCGGCGCUACAAACGAGGCGCCGAUCCCCUGAAAACCACAUGCGAACUUUAUAUGCAGGCUGACCACCUGUUGUACGAGAGAUAUGGAAGUGAUAUGGACACCGUCAUUGAGAAACUGACAUUGCACGUGCAAGUCGUGAACGCUAUUUUUCAAACAAUAGAUUUUGAUGGCAGCGGAAGCCCGGAUAACGUGGGGUUUAUAAUCAAGAAAAUCAAGGUCUGGACGGAUCCAAAGGCGGAAGGAUACAAAUAUAGCGGCAACUAUGACGUGGACUACUUUCUGGACCUACAUUCUAAGGAUAAUUAUGACUCAUUCUGCUUGUCGUACUUAUUUACUUUUAGGGACUUUUCAGACGGUGUUUUGGGUCUCGCGUGGAUAGGAGACUUACAAGGGUCGGGUGGAGUGUGCGAGAAAUAUAAGACAUACCAAGGCAUAGGCAUGAGUCUCAACACCGGCAUUGUGACCACGCUGAACUACGGUUCGGACAUACCGCCGGCAGUCUCAUAUGUGACCUUCGCCCACGAAAUCGGCCACAACUUUGGAUCAGACCAUGACCCGGAUUCCAGUCCCAUCUGCGCUCCGGGAGAUCCAACCGGAAAUUACAUCAUGUAUUCGCACGCGACUCCAGGCACAAAGCCGAACAAUAACAAAAUGUCUAGUUGCAGCAUAGAGUCGAUUGGUCCUAUUUUAGAAGCCAAAGCAUGGAGUGCGGUUGGAUGUUUUGUUCAGAACACGGGUCAGAUAUGUGGUAACCGUGUGGUCGAGGGGGACGAGGAGUGUGACUGCGGGUGGGGCGAGGAGUGCGUCGAGAUCUGCUGCAACCCCCAGGUAGAGAACCCAGGGCUGCCCGGGUUGGAGACCCCGUGCACACGGAAAUCAUCCGCCGAAUGUUCAGGCUCAAUAUGCCUGGCCCACGGUAGAGAACCUUGCUACUGCCCGGGGUCAGACUGGAAGGAUGUUCAGCUAUGUCAGGUGUGCUGUAUGGACGAUGGUGUGUGCAAGUCCUCAUACGUGCUAGAUGACAUACCGGACGCCGCAGCCCUGCCAGGAACGCCGUGUAACGAUCUCAAAGGCUACUGCGACAUAUUCAGGAUAUGCAGAGAGGUUGAUCCGUCCGGCCCACUGAGCAUGCUCAGUCGACUUCUCACCGAAGACGGGUUCUCAAAAGUGUUGGACUACCUGUCAAAGCAUUGGUAUAUCGGCCUAGCUGGUGGACUGGUACUCAUUAUAGUAAUCGUACUUAUGUUCAAAUUCUGCUCAAAAUCCCACAAACUGCUUGAUGACGAUGACGAUAGGCCACCAAAGAGAAGGAUUUUAGCCUUUGCCCACAAUACGCCUCGACAAAUCAGUGCUCUCGGGAAUCGUAACAGAGUAACACCAACCGAUGUGAACAUGGUGGACACGUACAUGUGAUAGUACUCGUUUUGACAAAUUUAUGGAAAUAGAAACAGUUUAUAUAUAAACAAAGUGAGGACCUCCACUUGCACCAGCAGAUCUCCUUUUUAAAUAGUAUAGUGAUAUAACAAUUAACUCACAAAUGGAAUGGUCAAUACAAAUAACAUUGAGGGUUUUAUCAUGUCAACGAUGAACAUAAUGAUAGUGAUUUAAAUGUACUAAAAAUUUCUUGUUAAACAUGAGUCUAAAUUAUGUUAUGAUAUAUAAGGGAAUACGUCUAAAAGAUGUAUGUCAGCUAGAUGGAAAAAUUGCCUGUUUACACGCACUGCUAUGUGGAUGUGGUUUUAGCCUCGCAGCAUUUAGUGUAUUUAUUAUUGCACAAAAUGGUAGCCUUUAUGCCCGUUUUACUAGUGUCCUUUAUUUUGUGUUGAUUG